AUGAUAAUGUUACGAAGUGCACUAUCAAGUGGAUUUAGGUGUUAUAGCACAGCUAAUAAUGCAUUUGACUUAACUAUAGUCGGAGGUGGAAUUGUUGGUGUUGCUAGCGCUCGUGAGAUCAUUAAUCGUCAUCCGCAUUUAAAAAUUGCAAUUGUUGAAAAAGAAAAAAAAGUUGCAGUACAUCAAUCGGGUCAUAACAGUGGUGUAAUACAUGCGGGUAUCUACUAUAAGCCAGGAUCCCUCAAGGCCAAAUUGUGUGUCGAAGGAUUGCAUUUAGCAUACAAAUAUUGUGAUGAAAAGAAUAUUCCAUAUAAGAAAGUUGGUAAAUUGAUCGUUGCAACAAAUAAAGUCGAAGAAGAAAGAUUAAAGGAUUUGUAUGAUCGUGGAUUAAAGAACAAAGUUCCAGAUUUGAAGCUAGUUGAUGCCAAAGGAAUAAAGGAGAUUGAGCCAUAUUGUAAAGGAGUAAGAGCAAUUCAUUCGCCUCAUACUGGAAUCGUUGAUUGGGCUCUUGUGACUGAAUAUUAUGCUAAAGAUUUUCAGAAUGCUGGUGGAGAAAUUUUCUUAAACUUUGAGGUCAAAAAGUUCUUUAGAUCUACUAACAAUGCUGAACAUCCUGUAACCGUUAUAGCAGCUAAUGGCGAGCAAGUUUAUUCUCGUUAUAUUCUCACUUGUGGUGGCUUACAAGCAGAUAAAAUUGCAGCUUUAACUGGCAACAAAACCCCUCCAAAAAUCGUACCCUUCCGUGGUGAAUAUUUGCUGUUAAAUCCAGACAAAGCUCAUUGGGUUAAAGGAAAUAUUUAUCCUGUUCCUGAUCCUCGGUUCCCAUUUUUGGGAGUUCAUUUUACACCACGUAUGGAUGGAAGUAUUUGGCUUGGACCAAAUGCAGUUCUUGCAUUCAAACGUGAAGGAUAUACAUGGACGGACUUUAAUCUUUUCGAAUUUCUUGAUGCCAUAAAAUAUCCAGGCUUGAUUCGUAUGGGAACUCGAUAUAUUGGAGCAGGUAUCAAAGAAAUCACACAAUCAUUAAUACCAGCAUUACAAGUGCGUCAAUUACAAAAGUUCAUACCUGAAAUUACUGUUAAAGAUAUCAGUAAAGGACCCGCUGGCGUUCGUGCUCAAGCUUUACGUAGCGACGGCUCAUUAGUUGACGACUUUAUAUUUGAGUAUGGUGAAGGUGAAAUUGGAACAAGAAUUUUGCAUUGCUGCAACGCACCGAGUCCCGGAGCUACUUCCAGUUUAUCAAUCGCCAAAAUGAUUGCUGAUAAAGUCGAAAGUUCAUUUAGAUUUGUAAAGCGCCACGAUUAG